AUGGCUCGUCUGCUGCAUUCUUUGCGGCGAGUUCUGGGGUGGUCCUCAACCCCGUCCUCCCCCUCCUCUUCCCUUCUCCGCCCACGAUCGAUCAACACCGAUUUCUCUAUCUUCCAAGGCCCGGAUGUUCGACUGAGUCUCCCUACUCUGGAGGAAUAUGUUUCCUUGACACCCCGCCUGGUGACUCCCAUAUACUCGCAUGACGGCAAUUUGAUCGUUUCUCUCCUCGAUAUCCAUGUCAACCCACCAGCUGCGGGUGAAUCACCAUCCCCGCUAGAAAUCCUCGAGUCUGGGACCGGACACGGUUCCUUGACGCUGCAUCUGGCACGCGCUAUUCAUGCCGCAAACACCACUCCUCCACCCCGUCCAUCGCGAUCACAGAUCCAAUACCUCGAGAAUCGAGCGAGCAGACCAGGGGAAAAAGACACAAAGGAAGAAACGGCGACAGGUCAUGACAAGGAGCAGCAGGAAUGGGAUGCUUGGCGCGCACAGCGCGGAGCCGUGGUACAUACGGUGGACGUCUCGUCAAAAUUCUCCGCGCUAGCGGAACGUAAUGUGCGCGGCUUUCGCCGUGGAAUUUACGCGGGCGAUGUUGACUUCUAUGUCGGUCCCGUCGAGAGUUGGGCCGCGGAACAAAUUAAGCAACGAACGAAGACUGAUUUGCUCUCUUCGCUGACCGGCCAGAGCUCCCCCGAACCUUUCCUAUCUCACGCCAUUCUGGAUAUGCCUUCAGCGCAUCUUAGGAUCCCACAUGUUGCCCCCAUCUUGAAACGGGAUGGCUAUCUCGUUGUCUUCAUGCCCAGCAUCACUCAGAUUGGCGAUUGCGUGCAAUUGAUUCGCAAGCAGCGACUGCCGUUUGUCCAAGAACGAGUCGUUGAGCUUGGUCUUGGAAUUACCAGUGGUCGGCACUGGGAUGUCCGACUCGCAUUUAAGAAGUCUGGGGCUGAUCCUUCUUCGUGGGCGCCUUCUGAUGCUGAUGAAGCUGGACCGGCUGCUGAAUCAGAUGAAGCCUUCCCGGAAGCUACCGAAAACAUAGAAAACUCCCCUACUCCAGCGGAGGUGGCCAAGGAAGAAGAACCGGUUAUGGUUUGUCGACCCAAGGUUGGUAUACGUACCAUGGGCGGUGGUUUCGUUGGAAUCUGGCGACGCAUCGAAGAUUCUCCCGGGCGGUGA